UAUCCAAGUGCUGCUCCAUCAGGAUUUCUGGUAUCAGAAGCUCCCUGCAGUGUCAUUUAUGAAUACCCCUGCUAAUUUUGAAGAGGCAAUGAAGCGUUUAGAAGAAAUUACUGAAGCAAUGCAGCAGAGCAAUGUCAUGCACAACUGGAGGACUUUACAUUUGAUGAGCCUUGAUUUUUCCUUAUGGGUCACACAGCAAAAAGAAACAUUAGAAACAUUUCUUGAGCAACAUUUACCUAAAGAUUCUCCAAAACAAUUAGCUUUAGCAAUGCGUUAUGCUGUGUUAAAUCAUGGCAAGCGAAUACGCCCUCUAUUGGUCAGUGCUGCUGCAAAACUUGGCAAUGCUGACUCUCUAGCAAAAAAACAACGCAUGGCAGCGGUAGAAUUACUACAUAGUUAUUCCCUAAUCCAUGAUGAUUUACCGAUAAUGGAUGACGAUAAUUGGCGUCAUGGUAAAGCUUCUUGCCACAUUGUAUAUGGGGAAGCAGUCGCUUUACUGGCAGGGGACGCACUACAAGCUCUUGCUUUUGAAAUAUUGUGUCACCCGAAUCAAUUAUCGGCUGAAAAUAAUAUGCAAGCUCUCAAAAUUCUCAUCCAAAAGGCAGGAUUUUCUGGAAUGGUAGGCGGGCAGACAAUG